AUGUGAAAUAAUUCAUGCAUGACCACCGCCAGAUUACUUCUCAUUAACAAUAUUGGACAGCUUUCAUAUUAUAAAUAAAUUGCAUGCCAGCACAUCUGUCUAAUUAAAAUUUGAUAAACAUGAGGUAGUUAAUUGAUUAGGUUGUUAAGUAUAAAUAAACAGAAUUUUUGGUAAAUUGAUCCACAUACCACCGGAAUUAGAAGAACCGAAAAAGAAAAAAGAAAGAAGAACCAGGUCAACCCUUAAAAUGAAAACAACUAUAGCAUUUCUCAUUAUCUGUAUUGUGCUGUCUGUGCAUGCUGCUCCAGCCGUUUCAAGUAUCAAAGGCAAAGAAAACGCAUUGCUUAACGCUGUCAAUGACGCUAUAGAAAGCAACAAAGCUAACGACGACGAACAAUUACCCAACGACGAGAUCAAAGAAGAGGAUUAUCCUGAAGAGGAGGAUGAGGAAGAUGAAGAGGGAGAACUAGAAGAAAAUGAUCCUUAUCAAGCCCGCUCUUAUCGUAGAUACGGACGAUAUGGCAGAAGUUAUGGUAGAUAUACUGGCGGAUAUACCGGUCGGUACAUUGGAAGUCGUUACAGUGGUCGAUUUUCCCGAAUUGGAUCAAGAUUUGGUUCUUAUGGUCGAUUAAGCCGAUACAGAUCCUUCCGACCAUCGUAUGGUUCAUCUUAUCGUCGAUACACCACUGGAGGGUACAGUCGAUAUGGAAGCCGUGGUAGUUACAACCGAUAUGGAAGCACAUAUAGGCGAUACACUCCUCGAUUCAGAUCAUAUCGUCGAUAUAGUUCUGGUCGAUAUGGAUCCAAAUAUUAAUUUAAAAUUGAAUUUUUUGUAUUAUUCUGGUGUAAGGUUAUAUUUAAAUGAAAUAAAUUCGAUUUUGGA